AUGGCUGAACUUCCGACAACACCGACAGACAAUGAACAUGCUGAACCCGCUGAUAUAUCCGGUGUUUCUCUUUCAUGGACUUCAUUGAAUGGGGCUUUGGAAACCCCUGCUUCAUAUUCAAGAAGUUUAAGGUUGGAUAAUGCAUGCUUCAUCCUAUCUGCUCAAUUCGAUAAUAAAUUAGGUCCUGUAAUAAGACAUCAAUAUCCAAAAUGCAUCCCAGGUUUUAAAAACCAUUUAUGUGGCACCUCUGAUUCUGAUGAGUCGAUUAAUUUAGCAAGUUUAAUGAUACCCAAUAAUGUGGAACUAACCCCAGGUAAAAAAGAUUACACAAUGUUUAGUUUAUACUACAAUAAUAAUACAGAUAAAUAUGAACUAUUUAAACCAACUAGUGACACUUUAAACGAUAACAAUUAUAACACUAUAAGAGAAGUCGACGAAUUCGAAGAUGCUCAAGAGCAUCAUGAAAGUAACCAUAUAGAUGUAUUAUACAUCUUAAAUAUCGUUAAUACAAUAAUUGAUAAAACAAAUUCAAGAGGCGCAGUAAUAAAAUCAAUUGCAUUGGUGACUCCUAAUAAAAUUGGAUCUAUAUUUCGUCCAUUGUUAUCUAAAGUGCUAGACCAAUACAUGAAAACACCUUCAACAGAGUCGAUAGAGGUAUUAAAAGAAUGUUUUAACAUGAUUAAUAGUCUGGAUUUAUCAAUUAUUAACAGAAUAUACUCAAAUAAAUAUCUGCAAAAAAUAUUACAGUCCAUUAAUGAAGAGAGUAAUUUCAAUAGUACAAGCAACAACCUGUUAGAUGUAUGGUUCGAUGAAAAAAUAAAAAAACUGUUCAAGAAAAUAUUCAAAAUCCCAUAUAAUAUAGAGAAUGAUAAUUUUGGCAAUAAAGUCACAUUAAUUAAUAACUAUAUUCAAUAUUCUUUUACAAACUUCACAUCGAGCUUAUUGGACACAGAUAUAUUAGAAACAAAAUUGAGGGUCUCAUUAUUUGAAAAUGAAUUAUUAGGCUCUUCAACGCGUUUUAAUACACAGAUACUGAAUUUCUUAUCAAAAUUCAUAAACUAUACUUCCAGUCUACCAACUGAGAAUAUUACUUGGAGAUUAGUAAUUAACUCUACUUUAUAUUCAAAAGAUGAAUUAUGCCAUUUUGUAUUAAUAUUAUCAAACAUUCUUAACUCAAUUUUUGAAUUCGGUAAAGAUAUGAACAGAUAUUACCAACGCAAACCAAUUUUAAUAUUUCCUUAUAUUGAUAUCUCAAUGAUAGACUCGCUAAGAACUUAUUCAUCAAAUCUACAAGGUUCAAAAUUUUUCAUAAUUGGGGUUGCGAAUCCAAUUUUCCAGUUUCAACAAAAUCUUUGGGAUUGUUACUAUGAUAUUGACACUGAAACAUUCUAUAAUGCAAAUGAGAUUGUUAUCAAAAAUAAGGAGAAAACUGAAUAUCCGUUAUUUAAUAAAAACUUACACAGAAACGGAUCACUCUCCAUACGUAAGAUAUUUUCAAAACCUGGUGAAAUUAUUAUAAAAACUCCAAAAAAUGUACAUUCUAGAGUAGGUUUACUACAAAAAUGUAUCCAAAAUAUAAUAGCUGAAGAAGCAAAUUACGAUCAAGGAGUAACUACAAAAAUAUUUAAGAAAGUAAAUUUAUUACAAUUGAUCCAAUUAUUGACAGCUGGUAAGGUGAAAGAUGACGUAUCUGUAUUAGAUCAAUAUCUAUGUAUCUAUAAAGAUGCCAUUAUUUUUCCUGAAUUUUUCGAUUAUACCUCCUUGCAGAUGCUAAAAACAUUAUCAAAUAUUCAUAAUUGCAUAGAAAUGUUAUAUCAGAUGGAAAUAUUAUCUGAAAGUACAUCAACAAUGACUCUGAAAAAAUUGAAACACCACCAACAUAUUCUAUUUUCCUUAAUUGCUUCAAACAAAAAUAACAUGGAUUCCUUGAUCAAUAUUUUAUUGAAUUACCCAACAUUUAAAAUAUUUGAUAAUUUUGAUUUACAAUCAUAUGAUUUUUCGAAUCAAAACUUGGAAAAGCUAUUUGAUCCAAGCAUCAAAAGUAGCAUUUUCCGUGACCUCUCAGAUAACACAACAUUUCAACAACAACUUUACAAGAAAGAGUGGAUUAAUGCAUUUAUGAAGGUUGAUGGCUUCUUAUUACUGACAAUUCCUUUAUUAUUCGAACCUUCUUGUACGACGAAUCAUGAUCUUUUCGGCAACAUUCCAAGGUUCUUUUUAAAGCCAGCAUCACAUGGCCUUGGGAGAUCGAAACUAACCAGGACAAUAUCUCUUAAGAGACUCUUUCCAUUAAAUCCAGUUUCAUCUAAUAACGGCAAUAGUAACUUUUUUGCUCCCAGUGACCAUAGCAUUACUGAAUUACCUGACAAUAUCAGAAGAUCCAGUCUACCUAUGAAUCUGCCUCAUAGUUCAAAAUCAUCGACGUCAUUAAGUACCCAAUCUAUCAAGUCAGUGCCCGAAACUUCUCAAGAACAGGAUAAAGUCAACAGUUUUAAACCUGUAAUAGAAAGAUGCAAAAAAUAUUCAAUUAAAUUGGUUCACUAUCUACUGAAACGCCCACUUGGACAGAUUUUAUACUCUAAAUUUGCAACGGAACAAAUUAAAUUUGCAUUUGAAACAUCCAAAAAGUUAUAUUACGACAACACACCAAACAAACCAAACGAUACCCUAACAAAAGUUGAUGCCAGUAAAAAUAAAGAUAAAGAUAAAACACGCUCCGAAUUACUGAAAGAAAUAUCAAUAAUAGGAGAACGAUUUAAGGUGACAGCAGCAUCAAAUGAUACUAUGAAUAUAUUAUAG